AUGAGAUGGUUAACGGCGUUUGGCCUCCUUGUCUUCCUUGCGGCGGCGGCGGCGUUCUCGUCUCCGGCGGCCGCCGUCGAAUGCAACAACGUCAUCUACAACAAGGGAGCGUCCUGGUCCAGAAACAAGGAAGAUGGGACCCACUACGACCAGGCCCGCAUGAACGACACGUGGCGCAAUGAGUUCCUCUCCCGCUACCACCUCGCCCCCUCCGAUGACGCGGCCUGGAUGGGCCUGCUCCCCCGGAGAGCUGGACCGGCGGAGAACCAGCUCCACUGGGCCAUGGUCUACCGGUCCAUGAAGCGGCCCGGUCCGGCCCGCGGCUGGAAGGGAGGAGGCAGCUUCUUGAAGGACAUGUCGCUCCACGACGUCCGGAUCGACCCGGACUCGGUCCACGGCCAAGCCCAGAAGACCAACCUGGAGUACCUGCUCCUCCUCGACCCGGACCGGCUCGUCUGGAGCUUCCGGAAAACCGCCGGUCUGAAAACCAUCGGUGAACCGUACGGAGGGUGGGAGAAGCCCGAGAGCGAGCUCCGCGGCCACUUUGUCGGGCAUUUUGUGAGUGCUACUGCGUUGAUGUGGGCGAGCACUCAUAACGAGACCAUUCGUGAGAGGAUGAACAAAGUGGUUGAUGCGCUUGAUGAAUGCCAAAAGGCAAUAGGAACUGGGUAUCUUUCAGCUUUUCCCACCGAGGAAUUCGACCGUUAUGAAGCUGUUGUAUAUGUAUGGGCUCCCUACUACACCAUACACAAGAUCAUGACAGGACUUUUGGACCAAUAUACUCUUACUGGAAACACUAGGGCUCCAUUGAACAUGGUGAUUUGGAUGGCCAAGUACUUCAGCAAUCGUGUGACAAACUUCAUUAAGAAGUAUACUAUUGCCAGACACUGGGAGGCAAUGAAUGAAGAAACAGGUGGCAUGAAUGAUGUUCUUUAUAGACUGUAUAGCAUCACAAGUGAUGAGAAACAUUUGGUACUGGCCCAUCUUUUUGGCAAACCAUGUUUUCUUGGACCACUUGCAUUACAGGUUGAUAGUCUUUCUGGUUUACAUGCCAACACUCACAUCCCCAUCCUCAUUGGAGCCCAGACGCGUUAUGAAGUAACUGGAGACUUGCUCUACAGGGACAUUGGGACAGUAUUUAUGGAUUUUGUCAAUUCUUCACAUCUAUAUGCAACAGGUGGAACUUCAUAUGAUGAGCACUGGACCGAUCCGACACGGUUAGUAGGCACUUUAAAGAUGAACACUGAAGAAUCUUGCACUACCUACAACAUGUUAAAGGUUUCACGCAAUCUAUUUCGAUGGACAAAGGAAAUGGCAUAUGCAGAUUACUAUGAACGAGCACUUACAAAUGGCGUGUUGGGGAUUCAAAGAGGAAGAGAGCCAGGAGUCAUGAUUUAUUUUCUUCCUCUGAAUCCAGGAGGUUCGAAAGCAAUCAGUGGUCAAGGUGGCUGGGGGAGCAAGUCUGAUAGCUUUUGGUGUUGCUAUGGGACAGCUACUGAAUCAUUCUCAAAGUUGGGUGAUUCUAUAUACUUUGAGGAAGAGGGCAGUAUCCCUAAGCUUUAUGUCAUUCAGUUCAUAUCUAGUACUCUUAAUUGGAAGUCUGGAGGAAUUAAACUGCAACAAAGAGUAGAAGAAGUUGCUUCUGGGGACCAAUACUUGCGAGUGCUAUACACAAUAUCUGCUAAUCAGUCAGUGUCCAAAAAUUUCACUCUGGGCAUUCGCAUUCCAAUUUGGACAUCUUCUUAUGGAGCAAAGGCCACAUUAAAUGGACAAAAUUUAAAGGUGCCUGCUCCAGGUAGUGUCUUGUCGAUCACUAAGAAGUGGAGCCAUGAAGACAGAUUGACCUUUCAAUUGCCAAUUGAUUUAAGGACAGAGGCUAUACAAGAUGAUCGUCCCGAGUAUGAAUCAACAAAAGCAAUUCUCUUUGGACAUUACCUUCUUGCUGGUCUGUCCUGUGGUGCAUGGGAUUUGAAGAAUGGGAGUGCCAAGUCACUUUCUGAUUGGAUAUUGCCAGUUCCAGCUGCUUAUAAUUCUCAGCUUAUAUCCUUUACUCAAGAAAUUGCAAGCAGGACUAUGUUCCUUUCGAAUUUAAAUGGCUCUAGAGAAGACCAAGAGCGCACACUCACAAUGGAGGAAUCACCAAAACUUGGAAGUAAUGCUGCUGCCCAAGCUACUUUUAGACUUAGAUACAACAACACCAAAAAAUACCAGUUUCCAUCUCGAAAGGAUCUCAUCGGGGAGUCGAUCAUGCUCGAACCAUUUGAUCUUCCAGGGAGAAUGGUAGAGCACCAAGGUCCAAACAAUGGCCUUAUAGUUGCUGCAACCUCAAAAACAGUAACUAGCAACCGUGACAUGUCGAAAUUUCGGGUGGUUGCUGGACUUGAUGGCAAUUCAAGCACUAUUUCAUUAGAAUCAGAAAGCAUACCUGGCUGCUUUGUGCAUAACAAGAUAGAUCAAUCUGCAGGAGAAUGUGUUCGUCUUCUUUGUCGAGGAAAGAUCGAAAGCAGUGAUACUGCAUUCCAACAAGCAGCAAGUUUUACACCAAGGGAAGGGCUAACUGAGUAUCAUCCAAUCAGUUUCAUCGCAAAGGGGACUGAAAGAAAUUUCCUGCUGCAACCAUUGAUGAGUUUGAGAGAUGAAACUUAUUCGGUCUACUUCAAUAUCGGAGUGUAA